GCGAUCAAACAUUCCGGUACCUGCUUGCCUGCUUGCGGCAGGACCAAGUUUUCGUCUCAAGCGUAGCGCCGUCCAAGCCGCAGCAUCCACACAAUUGACGUGCUUAUUGGAAACAAAUACAAUUCAAUCAGUCCACGUCGCGACAUCGCAAGCAUUCUGACAGUGGCGUUCGCCCUGUCUCCUCGGACGCAACACCAUGCAGCAGGUCUGCACGCAGCGAUGCCCUAGCAGAAGCGCCGCCUCUCGCUCGCAAUUUCAACUGUUCUCGGUGGUACCUGCAUCGCGGGCUCGGGCGCCGCAGCUCAGAGUGCGCGCUGACGCAGCGGCGCCGGCGAGUGGGGCUGCCAACGCGCCGGGCAAGGUGGUGUGCAUCGGCGAGGCGCUGUUUGAUUUGAUUGCAGAUCAGAAGGGUGUGCCCCGUGAGAAAGUGCGGAGCUGGAAGCCGUAUGCUGGAGGCGCCCCGUGCAACGUCGCAGUGGCGUGCUCGCGCCUGGGCCUGGAGGUGGCGUUCGUGACGGCCCUGGGCGCCGACAAGCAGGGCGACGAGCUGCUGGCGCUGUGCAAAGAGCGCGGUGUGAAUGUGGAUGGUGUGCAGCGGCUAGCUGACCACCCCACCCGGGACGUGUACGUGACGAGGGACGAUGACGGCGACCGGGAGUUCGCGGGCUUCGGGCUGCCGGGCAUAGGGUCCGAGUAUGCGGAUGCCCACAUCGACCCGGAGCGACUGCCGCUAGACAAGAUCACGCAUGGCUCUGUGGUGGUGACCGGUACCCUGGGCCUGUCCUACCCCACAACCGCGCUGGCUCUGCGCAAGGCGGUCAAGGCCGCCAAAGGUGUGGGUGCCACUGUGCUCAUUGAUGUCAACUGGCGGCCGGUGUUCUGGGAGGACGGGGCCGCUGCCAAGCGCGUCAUCAUGGAGUACCUGCAGUCUGCGGAUGUGAUUAAGCUGAGUGACGCCGACCUGGAGGCGCUCAUGGGCAUUUCACUCGCCCUCGCCUUGAUCAAUCCCGGCGCGGUGGCUGAGCGCUUCCCCAACGCGCGCGGUGUGCUGGUCACUGCUGGCCAGGAGGGCGCCUCCUACUCCUUCCGCAGCCCCACCAAGGCGGAGCACAGCGGUGUGGUCCCAGCGUUCGAUGUCGGUGUAACCGACACCACCGGUGCGGGUGACGCCUUCACUGCGGGCUUCAUCUACAAGAUGCUGCAGGCGGGCGGGCUGGACGCAAUCUCUGCGAACCCCCGGCUGCUCAAGGAGGCGGUGGUGUUCGCCAGCGCCGCGGGUGCCAGCACCUGCACCCGCGCCGGCGCCAUCGAGUCGCAGCCCACCCUGGAGCUGGUGGAAGACCUGUUCAACACGUCGGCCAAAUGGUACAACUUCUGGUGAAGGAGCAAAGCGGCACGCGAGGUUGUGGUAGCGUGCACUGUGCGGGCAGGGUCCGCCAAGCGUGGAGUGGAUGAGAAGACUUGGCAGGAUUGGUGAUCCUGCCUGUAGUCGGCAGUACCGCCAUGGUUGGGCCGUUGUUGGCCGGGCAACACCUGAUUGCAAAGGAGUGCGGCGGUGUGGGUCUGUAUCUGGAGGAUACGUGGUUGGCGACUAUCGGGCGCCGCGAGGGGCUGGUGUAAGAUGGGUGCCACUUCGCAUUGAAGGGGCUUAGUGGCUUACACUGCGAGGGUAAUGGAUUCGGACAAGUCUAGCCCUGCAACAGCUUUCGUCAUGCAGCAUCACAAGUACUUGCCGCUAUCCAGUAUACACCACCAUGCUGUAAGAACCGCUUACA